ACCCUAAAAAGAGAACUCAAAUCUCAGACAAAACAGAGCGCUGCUUCCUUGUCCUAAACCACCUCUCUCUCCAAAAAAAAAUGAGGCCUUUAGACGAGAACGAGACGACCGUCGUCUUCGAGAAGAUCUUCAAAUUCGUGGGCAACAACCUCAAGAACAUCGUCGAGAACCCCUCCCACGAAGGACCCGAAUCAGAUCCCGGCCGCUACUGCUUCCGCCUCCAGAAGAACAGAGUCUACUACGCGAGCGAGUCCCUCGUGAAGCGAGCCACGAACAUCUCCCGCAAAAGCCUGGUCUCCCUCGGGACCUGCAUCGGGAAGUACACCCACGCGGGGAGCUUCCACCUGACGAUCAUGUCGCUCAACCUCUUGGCGGCGAACGCGAAGCACAAGGUGUGGCUGAAACCCACCUCGGAGAUGUCGUUUCUCUACGGGAACCACGUGUUGAAAGGAGGGUUGGGGAGGAUUACUGAUAGCAUCGUCCCCGGAGAUGGAGUUGUCGUGUUCUCCAUGUCUGAUGUUCCGUUGGGGUUUGGUAUUGCGGCGAAGAGUACGCAGGACUGUCGGAAGUUGGAUCCGAAUGGUAUCGUUGUGCUUCAUCAGGCUGAUAUUGGAGAGUAUUUGAGGGAUGAAGACGAGCUUUGAAAAGAGUUCAAAGGUUUUGUCUUUUUGAGGAUCUUAGCUUUGGUUCUGCUUUGUUGUUUUAAUUUUCUUUUUUGCGGUUUUGAGAUGUGUAACUGUUACAAAAGUUGUGGUGGAUUUAUGAAAGUCUCGUUUUUUAUGAAU